AGGUCAUGCUUUUGAAAGUUUGAGAAAAAAAAAACUGCUGCAUCUCUCUCCUCUCCGAAAUCCUAGAGAGAGAGUAGCACCAGCACAGUUCAUCCCCACCACCUUCUUCCGCCGCCAUCUUCCAACCCAUCCAUUUUUCUCAUCCUCUUCACCAAAAAAACCAAACAUUAAAUCCUCCAACACUUCCUUAAUCUCUUCAAACCAAAAUAAUAUUAAACAAAGUUCAUUUUUCUCUUAGACAUUUCAUCAAACAUGUCAUCGAAAUGGCGUGCACUUCAACACCGUCACCGUUACACCUACAACGCCGUCGUUUUCCCUUCUUCUUUUCUCAAUUCCCUUCACCACCAUAACCCUAACCCUUCUUCCCCUUUCAUUCUCAACCUUCUCCACUUCACAACCCUCACUUCAACUUAUUCACAACUCUCCCAUUCCAAAACCCUAGCUUCAUCUUUCCUCAAUCUCCUAAACUCCGAACCUAGCCCUAACUCCGAACCUGAAAUCACCAUAGCUUCUAAACUUUACCUUGAAAUUCUCUUUUUGGAGAAUUCUUCACCUUUGCAUCGAACCCUUCUUUCAAUUCUUAUAAAGGUGAAAAAUUUUCAUGAAAUACUUUCAGGGUGUUUUCAGAAGCUUAUGGAAGACUAUAGUUUUGGUAAAGGGAGACAAUUUACGGUUUCACGUGUUGCCCUUUCGGUUAUGGGUAUGUCAAAAUUGGGUUACUUGAAUGAUGUUGUUGAGGUUUGUGCUGUUUUGGUUGCUGGUGAUGUUGUUCGUGGGUUGAAUGGUGUUGUUUUGGAGACGGAUUCAAGACCUUCGCCCACUGUUAUGGAACAGUGCCAAGAGGGUUUGUCUUGUUUGUAUUACUUGCUUCAGAAGUUUCCUUUGAAGUUUGGUUGUCAGAAUGGUGAAAUUGAAAAUGGUUUUGGAAUUGAUGGUUUUUCGAGUGUGAUGGAGGGGAUUGUGAGUGUUGUUUUGAGUUUGAUGGGUUCCGAUGGUUUUUCGAGGGAUUGUUUUGUUGCAGCUGGUGUUGCUCUUUGUGCUGCUUUUCAAGUUUGUGUUACUUCACAAGAGCUUGGUUUGGUUUUGAUGCAAGGUAUUUUUAAUUUGAAGGUUUCGAAUUCCAUUAGUGUUGGAAUUGUUGAUUGUUGUGAUAGUGAAUUUAUGAAUGCUGUUAGGAAGAUUCCUUGUAUUGGUGAUGAUGUUUAUUGUAGGAUAUGUAGGCUUUCUGUUCUGAGUAGGAUUUGUUUGAUUAGAGGGAUUCUUACCGCGGUUUCUAGAAACUUGCUUAACACUCAAUUUAGUGUUGUGAAUGGUUGUGAGGAUGGGGAUGAUGGUGUUGUUGGGAGUGUUAAUAAGACUAUAUUGUAUGAUGGAAUUUUGCCUGAGCUGUGUAUGCAUUGUGAGAAUCCCGUUGAUAGCCAUUUCAACUUUCAUGCGUUGACUGUGAUGCAGAUUUGUUUGCAGCAGAUAAAAGCGUCGAUGAUUUUGAAUCUUACUGAUCUGUCGGUUGACUAUGAUCCUAUUCCUGAGGAAAUGGGGAUGCGGAUACUUAGGAUUAUUUGGAAUAACUUGGAGGAUCCUUUGAGUCAGACGGUGAAACAGGUUCAUCUCAUUUUCGAUCUGUUUAUGGAUAUUCAAUCGUCCCUGCGUUGGUCAGAGGGCGGUGAACAGGUUAAAGUGUUUUUGGGGAAGAUUGGAUCGGAUCUUCUUUCGCUGGGGUCGCGCUGUAAAGGGAGAUAUGUUCCUUUAGCGCUGUUAACCAAGAGAUUGGGAGCAAAGAAAAUGUUGGACAUGUGUCCUGACUUGCUGUUUGAGACAAUACAUGCUUAUGUCGAUGACGAUGUGUGUUGUGCCGCAACAUCAUUUCUGAAGUGCUUUCUUGAAUAUUUGCGCGAUGAGUGCUGGGAGACGGAUGGUAUUGAAGGUGGAUAUGCUCUUUAUAGAGGAUAUUGUCUUCCCCCAAUUAUGCAUGGGUUAGCCUCUGGAUUCUCAAAACACCGCACCAAUUUAAAUACUUACGCUGUGCCAGUUUUACUGGAAGUUGAUGUGGAUAGUAUAUUUUCUAUGCUUGCUUUCGUCUCGGUUGGGCCAGAUGGGGACGAAAAGGGAUUGCAAUAUCCAGAACUUGUAUGUGCAAACUUGGAAUUGAAUCUUGAACAGAAAAUUGCGAUUCUCGUUUCCUUGCUCAAGGUAUCUCGGUCACUAGCUUUGGUUGAAGGAGACAUUGAUUGGUGUGAAAAUCCUUCAUCAAAUGAAGAAGAGUGUGUGAUUGGAACACAAAGCCAUGCUCUUUUAUGCAUUAAGGGAAUAAAUUUUAAGAUCCAUGUUCUGUGGCUAGUAAAUGCAUUGACCCAUGUGGAUGAGUCACUACGUGUAGAUGCUGCCGAGUCUCUUUUCUUGAACCCGAAAACAUCAAGUCUUCCUUCUCAUUUAGAGCUCACAUUAAUGAAGGAAGCCGUGCCUUUGAAUAUGAGGUGUUGUUCCACAUCUUUUCAGAUGAAGUGGGGCAGCUUGUUUCGAAAGUUCUUUGCUAGGGUUCGAACAGCCUUGGAGAGACAAUUCAAGCAAGGAAGCUGGAACCCUCUCAAACAUCUUAAAGGUAACGGAGAGGUAUGUCCUUCAGAAGGGAAUAGGGAAUCGACAAUUAAACGAGCAGAUGACCUUUUUCACUUUAUGAGGUGGUUGAGUUGCUUCUUAUUUUUCUCAUGCUAUCCUUCUGCUCCUUACAAGAGAAAAAUAAUGGCAACAGAUCUCAUCUUGAUUAUGAUAAAUGUUUGGUCUAUUAAGUCAUCAAUAAUUGAGGAGUUUAGCAAUUCUUUGUCGGAAAAUCAUCUUUAUCCUUACAGCAAGGGAAUGACUUCUUCUGACUCAACCAUAUUGUUGGUUGGUUCCAUUGUUGAUAGUUGGGACAGGUUAAGAGAGAGUUCAUUUCAGAUAUUACUCCAUUAUCCAACCCCACUACCUGGAAUUUCAACUGAAGAGAUGGUGAAGAAGGUAAUUGCUUGGGCUAUGAAAUUGGUUUGCAGUCCACGUGUAAGGGAAAGCGAUGCCGGUGCUCUAACUUUACGGCUUAUAUUUAGAAAGUAUGCGAUGGAGCAAGGUUGGUUGAUUGAAAAUCCAUUCAAUAUUUUCCAUUUAAGCUCAAAGUCUGAAUUAGUGAAUGGUGUUAAUCCGUCUAGUAAGUUAACCAAUCCCGUGAUACUGUAUUUGAAGUCGAUGAUUGACUGGCUAGAUAUUGUUGUAAGAGGUGGAGAGCAAGAUCUUUCUAAAGCAUGCAAGAACAGCUUUGUCCACGGUGUAUUACUUGCUCUACGUUAUGCUUUUGAGGAGUUGGACUGGAAUUCUGAUGCUGUAUCAUCUAGCAUCUCAGAAAUGAGAUAUUUGCUGGAAAGACUAUUAGACCUCGUAGUGCGGAUAACUUCAUUGGCACUAUGGGUGGUUUCUGCAGAUGCUUUGCAUCUGCCUGAAGAUAUGGAUGAGAUGGUUGAAGACGAUAAUCUUUUGUUGGAGGUACCGGAUCAUGAGAAUGAGCAUACACCUUCAUCUGAAUAUGAGAACAAUAGUUCAAAGCUUUCCCAUGAUAUCAGAUCGUCAGAACAGAUUGUCAUGGUUGGUUGCUGGCUGGCUAUGAAAGAGGUGAGCCUUCUUUUGGGGACUAUUAUAAGAAAAGUACCAUUGCCAAGUAAUGCAAGUUCGGAUUCAUCUGAGCUAGAGGGGGAUUCUGUUGACACUGCUGGCUUUGCGUCUGGUUCUGUGCUUGAUUUGGAACAACUUGAAACAAUUGGAAAUCAUUUUCUAGAGGUUCUCUUGAAGAUGAAGCAUAAUGGUGCUAUUGAUAAGACACGGGCUGGGUUCACAGCUCUUUGCAAUCGGUUACUUUGCUCAAAUGACCCUAGGCUCCAUAGAUUGACAGAGUCAUGGAUGGAACAACUUAUGCAACGAACUGUGGCCAAAGGACAAUUAGUGGAUGACUUACUCAGAAGAAGUGCUGGAAUACCUGCUGCAUUUACUGCUCUGUUCCUCUCCGAGCCUGAAGGCACGCCAAAGAAGCUCCUCCCAAGGGCAUUAAGGUGGCUUAUUGAUGUUGGUAAUGGGUCUAUGAUGAAUCAGAUCGAAAGUGAUAGCUUAAAAGGCGAGCCAUGCAAGUCAAAUGGUUCAAUGAAAGAAAAUAAUUGUACGCAAGAAGCUGAGAGAAAUGUGAGACCGAUGUCGUCAAAGAUCAGAGAUGAGGGUGUCAUUCCUACAGUGCAUGCAUUUAAUGUUCUAAAAGCUGCAUUCAAUGACUCUAACUUGUCUACAGAUACAUCUGGUUUCUCUGCCGAGGCUAUGAUUUUGUCGAUUCGCUCAUUCUCUUCUCCGUACUGGGAAAUCAGAAAUAGUGCUUGUCUGGCCUACACUGCUUUGCUUCGUCGCAUGAUUGGAUUCCUCAAUGUUCAUAAGCGAGAAUCAGUACGACGAGCAAUAACUGGGCUUGAGUUUUUUCAUAGGUAUCCAUCACUACAUUCAUUUCUUUUCAAUGAACUGGAAGUUGCAACCGAGUUUCUGGGUCCUACAUCUUCAGGAGAUUUGGAAUCAAUUCAGGGAAAUAAUCUGCAUCCGAGUUUGUACCCAAUUCUGAUUCUGUUAUCAAGGCUGAAGCCUUCAUCAAUUGCUGGGGAAAGAGGAGAUGAACUAGACCCUUUUCUUUUGAUGCCAUGGAUUAGGAGGUGCUCAACCCAAAGUAACUUACGAGUUCGUGUUCUUGCAUCUAGAGCUCUUACAAGUCUUGUUUCAAAUGAGAAAUUGCCGUCGGUCCUUCUCAGUAUCGCCUCCGAGCUUCCCUGUGUUGAAAACAUUGUCAAAUCAGGUUCCUACAGGAUUUCCUACAACUUAAUUCAUGGAAUCCUCUUGCAGUUGAGUUCUCUGCUGGAGGUAAAUUGUAGUAAUCUUGCUGAUAACUCAAAGAAAGAUCACAUCAUUGGUGAGUUGAUCGAAAUUCUUAUGCCUCGGUCAUGGAUUGCAAGACCUAAUCAAUGUCGGUGCCCUAUCCUCAAUGAAACAUUCGUGAGGGUUCUGGAUUUAAUGCUCAAUAUUGCAAGGACAUGCCAGAUAACCGUACAUUUUUUCUCCAUUCGCAACCUGCUUUUGGAAUUGUCAACAGAAUGCUUAGAUUUGGAAUCUUAUGGCCGGCAAUAUCAUGAUCCAACCAUUGCCGAACUCCGUGAACAAGCAGCUAUUUCCUAUUUUGGUUGUUUGUUUCAAGCAUCUAAGAAUGAGGAAGAGUCGAUCCAUUUGCCACUGCAAUAUUCUCUUCCCAGUACAAAAUCAUUGCCGAAACAUGAAAUGGAGAAUGCAUCCACUGGUAUUUUGGAUAUGUUGAUUCGCUGCUUGUCAGACUCAUUAUAUGAAGUUCGACUUGCGACACUGAAGUGGCUGCUGAAGUUCUUGAAAGCAGUUGAAUCUGGUGGUAAGCUCUGUGAUCUUUCCAUCGAUGACAUUAGAGUUAUUCAGCUCUGGGCAAAAACUAAUCUUCAUGGAACCUUGGAGAAGAUUUUGGCAUCGGAGAAGAACCACAGAUGCACGUAUUAUAUUCUGAGGAUCCUUGUGUCUUGGAAUUUGCUGCAGUUUGAAAAGGCUAGCCAUGACAAGUGCACCGGCACAAGUUAUGUUGGUGAAAUGGACUUUGACUCCGUAUCGCAGUUUUGGAACAAGUUAGUUUCUUUGUACGACCAAACAAGACAUGCAAAGACCCGAGAAACCCUUGUUUACUGUCUGGGAGUAUGUGCCAAGAGAAUCACAAUGUUAUUUGCAACAAGUUCUUUUCCGUCUAAAGAAGGAAUGGUGGUUUGUAGCGAAAUUAAUCAGGAGAUGUUAAGUUGGUUGUUUGAUUGCAUUGUUUUUUUCUGUAACAUGAUUAAAGAAUGUGGUUCACCAACUGAACCGACAAGUAUGCGCCAUGCAGCAGCUGGAUCCUUGAUAGCGUCUGGUAUUCUCAAGCAGGCCAGGUUCCUUGGCUCGGUUGUUUACAAUAAAAAUAUUCCAUCUGCCUCAUCGUCUUCUUGUUUUGUAAACAAUGAAGGUGUGAAUUCGUAUGCUCAUCACGUGCUUAAUGCAUGGUUCACAUGCAUCAAGCUUUUGGAAGAUGAAGAUGACUCGGUUCGAUUGAGGCUUUCCUCGGAUGUUCAAAUGUAUUUUACUUCAGAAAGAACUGGGAGCAACCUUCCGAAUGAAGUGGUUCCAAUCCAAGUAGAUAGAGUGAUAAGGUUCUGUUUUAAUCAUCUCUCAUCUAUUUUCGGUCACUGGAUCGAUUACUUCAACUACCUUUGUCAAUGGGUAUUACAAGCUGAAAACAAUGUAUCAUUUCAAGGAGAUCUUGUGAGGCGGGUUUUCGACAAGGAAAUCGACAACCAUUAUGAAGAGAAACUGUUGAUCAGCCAAAUUUGUUGCUCCAAUAUGGAAAAGCUACCUAUUUUGAAGGCUUGGACCAACAAAGAUGAACUAAGGAGCUAUUUGCACGGAUGGCGAAGUAGAUUUUCCCGUCAAUUGGUGUCGUACGUGGAUAACAUUAUCGAGAAACAGGAAUGGAAUGAUUGGAUAGGAGGUGUAGGUAACCACAAAGAUACGUUUUUGCCCGUAUACUCGAAUUUACUCGGGUUCUACGCCCUUUCAAACUGCAUUUUCACUGUCUCUGAUAACAAUGAUGCCAAACUUCUAUCUGAUGUUGUUGUGCUUGGAAGAUCCAUCAACCCAUUUCUUAGAAACCCUUUGAUUUCUAAUCUAUACAGGCUAGUUAUACAGUCACAUGAGAAAAUAUUGACGAAUGAUGUUGAUAAGAGGUUGUUCCCUGAGAUGGAAAAUCACUCUGAAUGGGAUAGUUUUAAUCCUUAUUUUCUUCUUGGGUAGGUUUUUGUAUACUAGAUGUAAUUUUACAUGGAAGCAAUUUUUGAGCAGGCUUAAUUGAUGAUUUAUUGAUCAUGCAGAACAGUUGUAUCUAAGAUGCAGUUUUGUAUUGGAUUAUUUUUUUUUUACAGGCCAUCGAUUAUGUUUUGUAAAUUAUUACUGUCUUGCUACUUGGUAUUUUGAUCAAACUUUGUGGUUCAUGGAUUCAUCA